AUGGGCAACAAGCAGCCUCAACUCACCAGCAUACUGUGGCCAUACGGGUUGGGUGUAGGGGCGGCGGGGAGUGUGGGAUUCCAAGGAGUCGGAAACGGAGUCCGGAGAUGGCAGAAAUUAGAAGGAAACGACCUUCAUGGAAACCUGGCGGAGAAGCAGCACACUCAGCAACCCCAGGUCAUCACUUCCUACGACAGCCAAGGGACACAGCUGACGGUUGAGGUCCACCCUCGAGAUGCCAUGCCCCAGCUGCUUAAGAAGUUCUCUUUGGCUAAACGUUUACAAGGCGAUAAAAAUGGAAACACAAGACCCCGGCAGCCUGGAGGGAAAGACGCCCAUGCCUAUCCCUGGGAUCGGUCCAGCCUGAAAUCCAUGCCCCUGGACUUGCGGCAGUUUGAGAAACUGGACACCUACGCCUCACAGGUGACGGCCAAGAGUGGCCUGGACGAGCUGGUGAGCGACCUGCUCCAGGAGGCCCACAGCGACCUGGAGAGAGUCCGCGCCAUCUGGAUGUGGAUCUGCCAUCACAUAGAGUACGACAUCGCAGCUGCUCAGGAGAAGGACCGCCAGGCCUUCCAACCCACCGACAUCCUGCGGACCCAGAAGACCAACUGUGACGGUUACGCCGGCCUCUUCGAGAGGAUGUGCAGGAUCGCCGGGGUACAGUGCAUGACCGUGCCCGGCUACUCCAAGGGCUUCGGCUACCAGACGGGGCAGAGCUUUUCGGGGGAGUUUGACCACGCCUGGAAUGCUGUGUUCCUGGAGGGAAGAUGGCACCUGGUAGACAGCACCUGGGGCAGCGGCCUAGUGGACACCACCACCUCCAAAUUCACCUUCCUCUACAACGAGUUCUACUUCCUCACCCACCCCGCCCUGUUCAUCGAGGACCACUUUCCAGACAACAAGAACUGGCAGCUGCUGAAACCUGCUCAGUCUCUGAGGCAGUUCGAGAACAACAUGUACCACAAGAGCGAGUUCUACAACAAGGGGAUGCUGAGUGCCUACCCGGACAUGUCCAUGAUCAGGACAGUGAACGGGAAGGCCACGGUCACCAUCGAGAGCUGCGCCCCGACGCUGUUCAUGUUCAUGCUCAACGGCAAGCAGGAGCACGGGCUGCUGAGUCUCCGGAAGAACGGGAUGAAGCUGGAGCUCUACCCGCCCACCGCGGGCACCCACAAGCUGCAGAUCUUCGCCAAGGGCGGCUCCGACAUCUACAGCUCGGUGCUGGAGUACACGAUCGUGUGCAACUACGUGGACACGGGCGUCCGGCUGCCGGCCGAGCUCCACCAGCCCGUGGGCCCCAGCUGGUUCUCGGAGCAGAUGGGCAUCGUGAAGCCCUCCCACCCCGACCCCAUCAUCCACACCCGGGACGGGCGCUGCUCCGUCAGCUUCGGCGUGGAGGAGGGCGUCAGCGUCCUGGCCUCCCUGCACGGCGACGACGGCCCCGUCACCGAGGAGACCCAGCGGCGCCACAUCUUCCAGCUGCAGCGGGAGAAGCGGGCCGAGCUGAAGGUGCAGCUGCCCCGGGCCGGCAAGUUCGCGCUCAAGAUCUUCGUCAAGAAGAGGCAGGAGCCGGGGAACUAUGUCUUCGUCUUCAACUACCUGCUGUGCUGCGCCAACGCCAAGGUGAACUGGCCCAUGUUCCCCGAGAGCUUCGGCAACUGGGGGCAGGACAACGAACUGCUGGAGCCGCUGUCGGGCGUGCUUCCCGCCAACCGGAACGUCCCGUUCAAGCUGAAGCUGCACGGCAUGGCCAAGGUCCUGGUGAAGGGCCAGGACACGUGGCCCCUGACCCUGAGCCCCGAAGGCUACUGGGAGGGCAGCUGCAGCACGGCCGGCUGCCAGGAGGUCUACGUCAUGGUGCUGGAGAACGCCAACCACAACUUCUACUCGUACAUCCUGAAGUACAAGGUGAACGCCCAGUGA